AUUGUAUACCAAGUUCCCUUUUUUUUUGGAUUUUAUUAUAUAAUGACUGUACCAGUUCAACAACCUCUUCCAUUUCAUUUUCAAUUCUUAGCUGGUGCCGUUGCUGGUGUUACUGAAAUCUUGUGCAUGUAUCCUUUGGAUGUUGUCAAGACGCGUGCUCAACUUAGUAGUGGAGCUAGUACUGGUAUUAUUGAAAGUUUCAAAAACAUUAUUUCAAAGGAAGGACCUGCUACUUUAUAUCGAGGUAUUGCUGCUCCUAUUCUUGUUGAAGCUCCUAAGCGUGCAACCAAAUUUGCUGCCAAUGAACAAUACACUGCUUUGUACAAGAAGAUGUUUGGAAUGGAAAAAGUAACUCAACCUUUAGCUAUUGCUACUGGGAUUAGUGCUGGUGUUACUGAAGCUGCUUUGAUUGUACCUUUUGAAUUGGUCAAGAUUCGUAUGCAAGAUCCUCGAAAUGCUAGCAAAUAUACUGGUACUGCCGAUGCUUUAACCAAGAUUAUCAAACAAGAAGGACCUCUUGCUCUUUAUAAUGGAUUGGAAUCUACCAUGUGGCGUCAUGCUAUUUGGAAUGGUGGUUACUUUGGUACCAUUUUUAUGAUCAAGGAUAUGUUACCAAAAGCUGAAACUAAGAAUGAACUAUUACGGAACAACUUUAUUGCUGGAACUAUCGGUGGUACUUUUGGUACUAUUUUAAAUAAUCCUAUGGAUGUUGUCAAGUCUCGUGUACAAGGUUAUUCUGGUGAAGGUCCCAAGAAAUAUAACUGGGCUCUUCCUUCUUUAGCUACCAUUGCAAAGGAAGAAGGUGUUGCUACUCUUUAUCGUGGUUUUACUGCCAAGGUAUUAAGAUUGGGUCCUGGCGGUGGUGUCCUUUUGGUUGUGUUUGAAUCAGUUUCCAGCUUUUUACGCAAGAAUUUCAUGGAUCAAAAAUAGAUAGAUUAGAGAGGGGGAGACGGUGAAUAUAGAUUAUUAUUUUAUUUUGUAUCAGUUUCUUUUUACCUUCCUUUAUUAUUAUUAUUAUUGUUAUUCUCUUUAUUUACAAUUUAUUAGUUUCUUUUUUCUUUUUAUAUUCAUCCAUUUAUUUCAUUCAUAUAUCGUUG